AUGUUAACCGUUCUCGUUGUUAAACCAUUCCAUUUGCAUAAUGGACGUUUUCUGACUAGAGGUGCAUCGUUUGUCGUCUUGCACCAGCGCACCUACGUUAUUGAAGACAUACCUACAUACAUCACAUAUUCGAGGCACAGAGGAGCGACUGAGACGUCAAUGCAAUCUCCAUCAUUGAAUUUAGAAGAACAGAAUGAGAACCAACUCUCCAAGGAAGCUCCAAGUUUGAAUGUGAUAAGUAGCCUGCUAAGAGAUUUGAUAAUGCGUACUCAGGAUAGAACAAAUAAGCCAAAGGUCGAGUGGAAUGAGGUUGCUGGUCUCUUCAAAGAAAUGGUCUCUAACAAUGACAGUCCAGAUCGGGACUUAUUAGUCGCUUACCGUGAUAAUUUCAAUGUGCAAUUCGACGACGUCUCACUGAAAAAGGCUGUUUUUCAAUGGACGGGAACAACCGUUUGCAAGGUGCUGUCUUUGCCCGAAUUCAAAUCAAUAACGAGUGAAUUCAAGUUAUAUGUUGCUGUCCGGCCCUUAAUAAAGUUCAACAAUACAUCCGAGCAGCAAUCGCAAAGGAACAAAGCUAGUUCUGGCGCUGGAGGAUCUCGUGAGCUUUCAUGCUCAAGCGAAACCAGACCACUACUGGAUUGUCGGAAUUUCCGAAGAUCUCUCUAUAAGGAGUCUCCAGAAAGUCAAAAUAACUCUGAAGUAGGUAAAACCAGCGUAAAACAGUCAGAUGAUGUAUCUGCUAAGAGGAUGGGCAGUGUACCAAUGAGCGACGAAGACACCAUUGAUGACCAAUUCGACUCCGACCGUCUUCAAAAGGCUGCGGACUUCCUGACGGCAUUAAUAAAAAGAACAGCUCAGAGUGAAGGUUGGCCAUUGGUGAACUGGUUGAAGGUUCAAAGGCGUUAUCGUGAUGUCGUUAACAAGAUGUCGGAUCAUGAUUUGUUCGAAAAAUACUGGAAAGACAUUGACCUACGCCGACGGCAUCUCGAUAGUCAGGUAUUGUUGAAGUGGACCGGAAUGUUUGAUUUGGAGCAGGUCAUCACGAUUCAAAAUUUUUGCCAUAUUGGUAUAGUAAGAGAUGGCUCUCCUCCAGCUGAUUUAUUUGUUAUGAUAGAUACUCCAGAGACUCCACUCUCUCGAAUUUUUGACUACACACAAACAAAUCUGAGGAUGGAGUUGGCUGAAAAAAACAAGAUGUGUUCGCGUUUUCAUAGGUAUAGUUCGAGUCAAAAUGACCUGAGCCAUGUGCAAUUGCGCAUGGGAGUGCGCUCGAAGAGGCACAGUAGAGCCAACGGUUACGAUCGAGUUGGGGACAUUGCUUGCCACAAUCGGACUGCGGAGGCAAAGCGGCAUGUAGAACCAGAAGAGCACCAUCAAAUGAGCCCGGCUGAGCGUAUGCGUCUGGAGGAAUAUUUCCGCCAGCGGGCUGAAGCACAAAGAAGGAAUCGGUCAAAUCUUCGGAGAGGACAGGCUCGCAGAGGGAGAGGUGGCACCAGUGGCCUUAAUGGGCAGAGACAUCACGAUUCUAACUGGUGGUGUGGUCCAACCAUCCGCGAAAGGACCAAUGCAGCCCGUGGAUCCCAACACCCAUCCAACUUUUCUGAGGUUCUACGCAACCAAAAUAUAAAUAACACUGUCUCUGGACGACGAAUCAGUGGAGAACCACCUCGCAUCCCCUCAAGUCCUCAAUGCAUCCCUGGUCGACCACUAUCAUCAAGUGGCAGCUUAGAUAAUGGAGCACCUUCACCCAAACCGGAAGGAGUUUACACGGAUGAUGAGCUACGACUGGAGAAAUCUUCGAAGAAGGCCCACUAUUCUGAGAAGACUUCAGAUCCAAUGAUCAAAUUUGGUCAACAGGAUAUUCCACGCAACCGCAAAGAAGGGAUUUCAUCCGAAGAGCAACCAACUGCAUCUAUCAGUGCAAUGGAACCUCUUCAUCCCCCAGCUGUGGCACGUAGAGGGAGAGGUAACACCAGCACCAUUAAUGGGCAGAGAAAUGACGAUUCUAACUGGUGGUGUGGUCCAACCAUCCGCGAAAGGACUAAUGCAGCCCGUGGAUCCCAACACCCAUUCAACUUUUCUGAGGUUUUACGCAACCAAAAUAGAAAUAACACUGUCUCUGGACGACGAAUCAGUGGAGAACCACCUCGCAUCCCCUCAAGUCCUCAAUGCAUCCCUGGUCGACCACUAUCAUCAAGUGGCAGCUUAGAUAAUGGAGCACCUUCACCCAAACCGGAAGGAGUUUACACGGAUGAUGAGCUACGACUGGAGAAAUCUUCGAAGAAAUAUGCUUCUUCUAAUCUGCACUCGUCUACAAAAAGAAGUUCAAUUUCUGCGGAAGUCAGAACUGACUUAUCCGUUGCCUCAGCAGCGAAGGCCCACUAUUCUGAGAAGACUUCAGAUCCAAUGAUCAAAUUUGGUCAACAGGAUAUUCCACGCAACCGCAAAGAAGGGAUUUCAUCCGAAGAGCAACCAACUGCAUCUAUCAGUGCAACGGAACCUCUUCAUCCCCCAGCUGUGGAUUAUUCACUUUCUUCUUUUCAUCCUCGGACCACCCAAUCUCUUAUCGAUUUAGAUGGUUCUGUAAACGAGGUACAUACUCGUAUCCCUAUCUUCAAGCUGCCUGGAAACACUGGCGAACAUUGUCAUAGUACAGCUUCUACACCACGUAGUCAAAAAUCCAAUUCAAUACGGAAAGAACCUCUGUCUCAACAAAAUGAUCUUCGUUUCCAAGCAAUCCUUUCUAGUGCUGAGUGGAAGCUCCAGGAGAGACUGAAUGAUGGGAAGCCGCCCAGUGGAGCCCUCCGUAUUCCUAGGGCCUCGAAACUUAUCAAGGGUUCUGCUGCACCUCUGCAAACUGUGUCUGCUCUAAGCCAACGGUCUUCUCCUUGUCAAAACGGUCCAAAGGAUCCAUUUACGCCUUUAAAUACCAGUUCAUACUCUGGAUUGACCAUGCAACCGCUCCGUCCAGGAGACAUAACGACUAAUCGAAUUAUUAGUCCAAAACCAACUUCUAAUUCCUCAACUAUUCCCUCGGUCAUGAAGAAGACAAGUCCUUUGCUGAAUUCCUGCAUUGAGAAUCGUGCUGAUAUAACGACUCCACGUUCAACUCCUGCAUUUCGGCCUCUGAAAGAGGAUUACGCAUUAAUUGAUCUUAAUGAGCCAGAGUCCGGAUAUGGUUUCUGUACUCCUUUGCCGCAGGAGUUACCAGACCCAACUGUCAUCUUUGGUGAUUUCACUGAAAGAGCUGUAGAGGCGGCGAAUAACAUUGAACAAGAAGUCGGAUGUGAUGGAGACCCAUACAUUUUGCUUCAAGGAAAGGAAAGGUUCAAGGAUUUGAAAAGUGAAGAUGGUAUUCGUUAUGAUCGACAUCAAAGUCCACUACAAACUAUAGACAAAAAUAAUUCUUGGGUGCUGCUCCAGCAGAAACAAGCCCCAGUUGUGGAUGAAAAGGACACCGAAGGAACAAAAAAGAAAUGUGCAUUUAGUAAGAAUAGUAAGGCAAUUUCUGAGCUCGAGGAACUUCCUAAAAGCUGCGAGAAUUUUCAUAAAUCUGGCAUUUCUCCGUCGUUGUCAGUGGUGCAGCGACAGAUGCCUAUGCAUAAGUCCUCUGAAGAAUGCAUAGACUUUAUCAACAAAUAUCUGAGUAACGUCCUUGUUAGGCGGGUCAAAGACAAGGUUUUCCUCGUAUGGAAGUCCUAA